AUGGCCGAUCGCUCACGUGGUCAUGCAAGCUUUCUGAUCCAGUUCAAUGCUUUGCUCAGAAAAAAUUUGACUUACCAGGUCAAUGAUAAUCCCACCAACAAUAAGUGUGGCUCAAACAACUCAAUUAUCGAUCGGACUAAUGGUUGUCCAAUUCCAAAUCCUCAAGAAUGGCCUCCUCUGCUGCAAAUACCGGCACCCCAAUUUCGUGCCUCGAGUAAUGGUUUCGAUCAGUUUCCAGAUUUGCCAAAUGAGUCUUGCAAGCUCAAUGGAUCAUGUCCUGUAACCAUACUUAUUACAGGGAACAAUCAGUCUAUUGGACAAAUUUUGGAUGGCAAUAUGUUCAUGAGUCCGGAAUUUAUGAAUUCCUCUGAUGAUGAUACCUAUGAUUUAGCCUAUCAUGUUCUGGGCUCAGAAUCCAUGCUUGGUACUUCCUAUUUUUACGAUUCUGCUUUCUCUUCUGAUUUUCCUAUCUAUUAUGUGCAAAAAAAAGUGCUUGCCAAACUCUACUCUAGUCUCAAGUUUAAACUUGUACACUUUAUCUUGAAUCUAGAGGUCAGAUGCAUUGAAGGACUGCCCUUGUGGCGCAACAGUUCUACUGCAGUUAAUGAUGAACUAUUUAAAGGUUAUUACCAGAAGAUAAAACCAAAGGGGAACAUCAAUAAGAUACUUGCAGCCUAUGAUUUUCUAAACUCAAGUGGGAACUAUUUUACUGUGAGCAUUUGGUUCAAUUCAACAUAUAAAUUUAAUGAUGACAGUACUGGUGAUCAAAGUAAUUUACUACGAGUUCCACGCUCUGUGAAUCUGGCAUCCAAUGCCUACCUUCAAUUCUUGAAAGGUUCGGGUACAAAGGUCCUGUUUGAGUUUGUGAAAGAAAUGCCCAAAUCCAGUUCAACCGACCCAAAUAUGAUCAAUAUCUCUUCCUUUCUUAAUUCACUUUUCUUUACAUGGAUCUUGCUACUGUUAUUCCCUGUUAUCUUGACAUCAUUGGUUUAUGAUAAGGAAAAAAAACUCAUAAUCAUGAUGAAAAUGCAUGGGCUUGGAGAUGCAACGUAUUGGACGAUAUCCUAUGCUUAUUUUCUAUUCAUAUCCUUGAUCUACAUGUUAUCCCUUGUGCUGUUUGGCUCGGUUCUAGGGUUGGUUUUCUUUAGAAUGAAUGACUAUACCAUCCAAUUUGUGUUUUACUUCGUCUAUGCAAACUUGCAAAUUUCUCUUGCUUUUCUAGUAGCAGCAUUUUCUUCAAAUGUUAAGACUGCUUCAGCUUACAUACUCGUAUUCGGAAGCGGGCUUGUAAGAGAGUUUCUAUUCAGAUCUUUCAUCCAAGAUUUAACAUUCUCAAGAAGUGGUAUGAUUGUUUUGGAGUUAUAUCCCGGAUUCUCUUUUUACCGUGGAAUAUACAAACUUUCACAAUAUGGCACCAAAGGGAUUCAUAUUAGGACAGGGAUGAAUUGGAAAUAUAUGAAUGAUGGUGUGAAUGGGAUGAAGGAGGCCUUAUUUAUCAUGCUUAUUGAGUGGUUAGUCGUGCUUCUUAUUGUAUAUUAUGCAGAGAAAGUUCAAUCAUCAGGAAGUGGUAGAAAUCCUCUAAUUUUCUUGAAUAAAUUAUGGAAAAAGAAUCAAAGGCAGCGACGAAAUACUUCUGUUCUCAUGGAUAUGCCUGAUGUUAUUCAAGAGAGAGAGAAGGUUGAUCAAUUUUUACUUCACCCUGAUGCAAGUUAUUCAAUCAUAAAUGACAACCUCAAAAAGGUGUACCCAGGAAAGGAUGGGAACCCUUAAAACUUAGCCGUAAGAGGGUUGUCUCUUGCUCUGCCACCAGGGGAGUGUUUUGGUUUACUCGGCCCAAAUGGUGCUAGAAAGACAUCUUUUCUUAGCAUGAUGACAGGUCUCACAAAGCCAUCCUCUGGCACAACAUUUGUUCAGGGUAUGGAUAUAAAAACUCAUAUGGAUGAAAUAUAUACCAGCAUUGGUGUAUGUCCACAACAUGACUUGCUCUGGGAGACCUUAACAGGAAGAGAACACCUAUUAUUUUAUGGGAGACUUAAGAAACUUAGAGGUUCUGCCCUAAUUCAAGCAAUUAAGGAUUCAUUAAGUAGCCUUAAUCUCAAUUAUGGAGGAGUUGCUGACAAACAAGCUGGAAAAUACAGUGGGGGUAUGAAAAGGAGGCUUAGUGAUGCAAUUUCACUAAUAGGGGAUCCCAAAGUUGUCUAUAUGGAUGAUCCUAGUUCUGGAUUGGAUCCAGCUUCGAAGAAUAGCUUGUGGAAUGUCAUGAAGCAUGCAAAGCAAAACAUAGCAAUCAUCCUCACAACUCAUUCCAUGGAAGAGGCAGAGUUCUUUUGUGAUCGGUUAGGAAUUAUGGCCAAUGGCAGCUUGCAGUGCAUAGGGAAUUCGAAAGAGUUGAAAGCUAGAUAUGGUGGAACUUAUGCGUUUACAAUGACAACAUCUUUGGAACAUGAGGAAGAUGUAGAGAACUUGGUCCGGUCUCUCUCAAUAAAUGCGAAGAAGAUAUACCAUCUGUCUGGAACCCAGAAGUAUGAGCUACCAAAAGAUGAGGUUAGAAUUGUAGAUGUGUACAGAGCAGUGGAGUAUGCCAAGUACAAGUUCACAGUUUCUGCUUGGGGUCUUACUGAUACAGUGGAGGAUGUGUUCAUCAAAGUUGCAAGUGGGGCCUAA